CCCAUCCCGCCACCCAAUAGACCCCCUCCUCCUGACAUUUCCUUUGAUGAUGAAUCGUCUGCUACCACAGCAACACCUCCGGCUUCAGCCCAGCGAGUCAUUCCAUCCAGCGUGAAACGUUAUUUUUUGGUUGAUAAACCCGUGAGGUCGCCCCCUAGGACUAACCCGGGCACAGCGCUUCUCCGAGUCCUUACUCGUGACAAAUUGAGGACAGCGCAGGAUCCAUCGGAGCCAGCGAGGAAGAGAAGUAUCGUUGUUGAAGAAGAAGAAGAAAGACGAUCGCCAAUGUUGUUCCAAUAUCCUGGUCCUCCAUCAAGCCCACCUGACAUGACACCAAUCGACGGAUAUACCUUACGAGUCCCACAUAUUUCCGACGCGCCGUCGCCUGUAUCAGCAGAAUCCGCUAACGUAGGAGUUGCCAAUGCACCUGUCUACCUCAUUCCGGGGGUACUGUCGAAGCAAGGGGACACGCUUCCAAGCGCAUACCCGACACCUAGUCAAGACAGACUUCGGCGUGAAGAUGGCGAGGAAGAGGUUCUGUAUCCUGCGGGUACAUAUCGCACUCGGUCACCCUAUAGGCCGAGUGACGACCGCCGUCAUGGUCGUAUCGCUUGGACUGACUCCCCAGAAACCCGCAUGCCAAUUGACGAUGACAUAGACCAGGAGGACUCGGAGAAUGAUGAACCGGACUUUGAGGAUCGCCCGUCGUCAAGUAUCUCUGGAUCACUUGUACAGCAGGACGCAUAUGAUUUAUCCCCUCGCACGUCGUCAGAUUCACAAAAUACGGACAAAUUUUUGAGUGCAUAUACUGAACUUAGCGUCGAGGACAUAAUUGAACAUCAAGCGCCUGAUGCAGCCUCGCGAUACCAUACCUGCAGCAAGCUUUCUUCUCCGCCGUCUCCUUCCGGGGAAGUUGCAUCAAAUAAAGCCUCUUUAUCCCAUAUUACGCAAGACAAUGAGAUAGUGGCCGACAACGAAGCACUGGUUAGUAGUGGAACGGAUAGUACUCUUUUUGGUAAACCAUUACCAACCCUCCCCACUGUUUCUGCGUUUCCUCAGAGUGUUGAGGCAAGAAUGGGAUACACAGGCAGUGUCUCUGGAUCGCUUGCGGAUGCCUUGAAGGACGAGGCUAUUGUAAAUGUGCUUCUAGAUGCAUGCAGACGAGAACCGGGGCCCUGGCAUAUCCUCGAUGUUACCACGGACAAAACGGCAAAGCAGGUCGUGACAGCGCUUUCUAAACCAGAUAUAUACAGCCAGCUAUCAAAUUUAACUGUCAAGCAAGCGCAAGAUGUAGGAAAUGUUUUCUACAGAAAACUUGAUCAAUAACUUAGCAUCGGUUAGCUUCUAGAUAUGUCGGGUCUUCCAUGUUCAUACAAGUCUACAUUUUUGAAGACCUCUCUCAAAUUAUCGCGCAUGCAUGACUGUGUACCUCGAUGUCUCUUGCUCAGAGGCUUCAAAAAGACGGGCGCUUAUCCGUUUGCUCGAGGACAUUUUGGUGACGUAUGGAGAGGUAAGAUCACAGGAAUGGACGUGGCUGUCAAACAAGCAAGGAUUUUUACAAGUGAUAGUGAUAUCGAGAAAGUCCUGCGGAGAAUAAGACGAGAGGCCAUUAUAUGGGGGCAGUGCGAUCACCCCAAUGUCCUACCUUUCUAUGG